AUUUUCAUUUCUAGCAAAAAUGUAUUCUGACGUUAAUUUCGAUGAAAACCCACUGUGUGAAUCCUGCAAGGCAGAUAAAGUUCAACGAAAACCCUCAAACUUUGGCUUUCUCGCCAUGUAUUGUCUAUGGUGGUUCGGUGGAUUCGGACUGGUAAUUUUCAAAUUAACCCUGUUCGACUAUUGUGAAAACUGCUACUACAUCAACUUCAUGAAAAAGUCUAGACCGAAGAGAAUGUUUUCGCUUGUGGUAGAUGACAAAUCCCAAUUGGAAAUGCCACCGGUAGAUGCAGCCGAAGUGAAGAAAAAGUUCGACGAAAAUCUGCUUCAAAAAAUUUAAUAAAUGAAAUACAAUUUUA